GACAAACGAAGAAGACCAACCAUGUGCAACUGCUGACUCUUCACGUCACUUCACUUCACUUCACUACACUUCCCUUCUCUCUCCACUGCUCUGUUGCCUGCACGCUUCCCUUUCCCUCAGUUUUUGCCGUUUCCGCUUCCACACCAAUUCCUGCCUGAGUUGAGGAGGCUGAACGCUCUGAGAAUGCCCAAUCAGCCUCCAAGCACUCAUUGAAGGGAUGGAUUGAUUGAUUUCAUUCCAUGGUGCUUUCUGCCCUCCAUGACUCUACUACCAACCUGGUCUGCACCAUUCGAGCUGAAGAAGACAAAAGAUAGUGGGCAAGGACGCAGUGUCAUUAUUUUUUUUUUUUUUUUCCGUUGUUCCUUCUUUCUUGCUCGCUCCCAAUUUCUGUGCCUUUAGGUUGGUGUUCAUCUUCCACGUCGUUUAGAUCGUGUUAAAGCUUCUUCUAUUUGAUCUUCUCUUGGUGUUCGUGGAGAUCAGAGCUUGGCCUUAUGAAGAGCAGUGCUGUGGUGUUAAGAAUUCUUGUGGUUCUUGCAACAGUUGGCCAGUCCUCAUGGCCAACAGUUGCAAUGGCCAGCUCGUACUGCAAGGAGAUGGCAUCGAGCACCGCGGAUCGACCUCACAGUGUCACCGUGACGGAGUUUGGUGCCGUGGGGGAUGGUGUCACACUGAACACCAAAGCAUUUCAGAAUGCUAUCUUCUACCUUCAUUCAUUUGCAGAUAAGGGCGGCGCGCAACUAUUUGUGCCUGCCGGAAAGUGGCUGACGGGGAGUUUUAGUCUCAUCAGCCAUCUGACUCUCUCGCUGCACGAGGAUGCAGUAAUAAUCGGGUCCACGGACCCCGUUGAUUGGCCGAUCAUCGAUCCAUUGCCUUCCUACGGCCGCGGUAGGGAGUUUCGCGGUGCAAGGCAUCAGAGCCUCAUUCAUGGAUCUAACUUGACUGAUGUGAUCAUUACAGGUGGCAAUGGGACUGUUAAUGGGCAAGGCAGUGUUUGGUGGGACUGGUUUAGGAACCACACUCUCGAUUACACGCGACCGCAUCUCGUAGAACUGAUGUAUUCGACCGGAGUGAUCAUCUCAAAUCUCACCUUCAUUGGUUCACCAUUUUGGGCCAUCCACCCUGUAUAUUGCAGCCAAGUUCUCAUCCAGAAUAUCACAAUCCUUGCACCAUCAGAUUCGCCGAACACAGAUGGGAUCGAUCCAGAUUCUUGCAAUAAUGUCUGCAUUGAGGACUGUUACAUCGACACCGGCACUGAUCUCAUCGUCAUCAAAAGUGGAUGGGAUGAGUAUGGCAUUGCCUUUGCUCAUCCAAGUGCCAACAUCAGCAUUCGACAUAUCGUUGGAGCAGCUCACUCUGGCGCAGGCAUUGCCAUUGGCAGUGAGAUGUCGGGCGGCAUUUCAAAUGUGCAGGCAGACGACAUCUCUUUGUUCAACUCCUUGUAUGGAAUCAGAAUAAAAACAUCACCCGGGCGCGGAGGAUAUGUCAAGUACAUUCACAUUACCAACAUUGUCAUGAACAAUGUCGAGACAGCCAUCGGUAUAACCGGACAACACGGUGACCACCCGGACGACGAAUAUGAUCCAAAUGCUCUUCCGACUAUUGACAUGAUCACCAUAGAAGACAUUGAAGGAACAGAUAUUAAGUAUGCUGGCCUCUUACAGGGUAUUCAAGGGGCUAACUUUAGCAACAUUUGCUUAUCGAAAGUGCACCUCUAUGUGAGUUCAAAGUCUCCAUGGAACUGUUCUUAUAUCGAAGGCUUUUCUAACUCAGUUUCUCCAGAACCAUGCGAAGCACUCUACAAACCUUAUCAAGCAUCACUUUGUUACACAUCAGAGCAUUUAGAUCAUAAGAAUCUGGUGCAAAUUCUUUGAGUUCAGCAAGCAAUCGUUUACAGUGUCUGAUACAAGGGAUUGUUUUUGUUUUAUGUACCAACAUGUUUGUGUUUAGCUUCCGGCGGAGCUUGGUGAUGUUGUUUCGAUCGAAAUAGUUGAAAGAGCAUGUGAAGACCUUGCCGGAGAGGAAGCCGCUACUUGUUUCAAUUGUUUGAUUAUAUACGCGUGAAUGAGUGAUGUAAACAUGGCAAAUUUUUCGCAUGUUUCUUGCCUUUGUUUGUUCAUUAUGGCUGGUUUUGUUGGAUGAUUCUAAUUACAAAACAUCCUAAUUGACUUUGUUA